AUGAAGGUUGCACGGCGCGUGUGUGCUGCCGAGGCCGAGGUCCUGGCCCAGAGCGAUGCAGUAUCCUGGGUUGACGCUGGCUCUGGCGAACGCCGGGUGCGUUUAGCGGGCUACGGCUCCCUUCUGAGCGUCGCAUCGGCACGGAGGACGUGCCCACAGCUGCGGCACCACCGGCUUGCCUGGGUCCAGGGCUAUCGUCGGAUUUUUUGCCUCGUAUCUCUGACUUGUGUGCGUCGAGGUCCGCCGUACGCGGACUGGCGCACGCGUGAAGUGGCGGCCUGUGCAGCGUUUCCAGGCGAUUCCGAGGAUCGCCUCGCGGUUGCGCUCUUCGAUAUACCCGCGUCGGAACUGCAGGCGUAUCUAGAACGCGAGUCGCGUUACGAGUUUACCGUCGUGAAUUGCCUCGAGGCCGACUCCAGUGGCAUCCGCAAAGCAAUCAUGUGUGUUGCACCAUUUGACCGGUGGGCGGUGGCGUGCCCCAUACGGGAACAGGGUCCGCUGCAUGAUGCCGGCUGUUGGCAUUGGUACAGCGGACCUCUGUGGCGAAAGGAUGUGCUGCCCAGUGCUCCCUACCUGCACCUUUGUUUGCGAGCAGCUGCUGCCUUUGACGUGUUGGACGAAUUUCUCGAUGCAUCUUAUCUCGCCGAUGGGUGUACGACUUUGCGUUCCUACCUUCGUUCCUUAGAUCAAUGGGGUCCUGCGGCGGACCCAAUAUCUCUCGAAAAGACGCGUAAGCUGCAAGGAAGCGCAGAUGGAUCCUUCUUGAUCUUUGCAGCUGGGAAUUGGAACUAA